GCCCCCGGCCCUCGGCCCCCGGCCCGGACGCCCUGGGCCUCCGGGAGCUGCAGCCGCUGAGCUGGGGAGAGGCUGUGCCGCUUCCAAGAUGUCGCAGACGGCCAUGUCCGAGACCUACGACUUUUUGUUUAAGUUCUUGGUUAUUGGAAAUGCAGGAACAGGAAAGUCUUGCUUACUUCAUCAGUUUAUUGAAAAAAAAUUCAAAGAUGACUCAAAUCAUACAAUAGGAGUGGAAUUUGGCUCAAAGAUAAUAAAUGUUGGUGGUAAAUAUGUAAAGUUACAGAUAUGGGAUACAGCAGGCCAAGAACGAUUCAGGUCUGUGACAAGAAGUUACUACCGGGGUGCAGCAGGAGCUCUCCUGGUCUACGACAUCACCAGCCGAGAAACCUACAAUGCGCUUACUAAUUGGUUAACAGAUGCCAGAAUGCUAGCAAGUCAGAAUAUCGUGAUCAUCCUCUGUGGGAACAAGAAGGAUCUGGAUGCUGAUCGUGAAGUUACUUUCCUCGAGGCCUCCAGAUUUGCUCAAGAAAAUGAGCUGAUGUUUUUGGAAACAAGUGCACUAACAGGGGAGAAUGUAGAAGAAGCCUUUGUACAGUGUGCAAGAAAAAUACUUAACAAAAUUGAAUCAGGUGAACUCGACCCAGAAAGAAUGGGCUCAGGUAUUCAGUACGGAGAUGCUGCAUUGAGACAGCUGCGGUCACCUCGUCGCUCACAGGCCCCGAGUGCCCAGGAGUGUGGCUGUUAGAAGUAGCACCCGAGAAUCUGUAUCGGUGUUCAUACAGUGGUAUUUGAGACCUGGAACUUGAAGAAUCUGAAGUUUUUUACCACCAUCUUUUUCUACUUUAUACAUAAGUAGAUCUUUGUGCAAAAAAGAAAAAAUAUAUAUAUACAUAUAUACGCAUAUAUAUAUAUAUAUAUAAAAUCUGGGUUGUUAUGCAAGCUAGUAGAUAUGUGACAGCUAACCAUAUAAUAAAUAUGAAUCAACAAACAAUGCCAUUAGAUGAAUACAAGUAUGUAAACAUUUUCUGUUCCAUAUUUUCCCUUUCACCUUCGGUUGAAACCCUGGCUAUGUAUUGUAUAUACUGUAGUCCCCUGAGCAUGGUAUCUAAUGUAUGGUAUGAUAGAAUGUUGCACUAAAAGCGUUCUUUUAUUUUUUGUAAUCAUAUGAAGUGAAAUCUAUUCACUGUGAGGUGUGUUUGAUCUUGUCAAGUUAUUACAUCACAGUCAGUUAUAUUCAUGACCUGAUAUUAAAAGACUGGCAUUUUGGCCAGUACAUUGCUUAUUUGAUUAUGUUUAACCACAGUCUACAAGGUGUUUACAUGAAUCACGCUUGAAAUACUAGAUCAGUAGCUACUCAUAUACCAAAAUAAAAUGGACAGUGUUGUUUUUCCACAAACUGU